AUGGGUAAGGAGGACAAGACUCACAUCAACAUCGUCGUUAUCGGCCACGUCGAUUCCGGCAAGUCGACCACCACUGGUCACUUGAUCUACAAGUGCGGUGGUAUUGACCAGCGUACCAUCGAGAAGUUCGAGAAGGAAGCCGCCGAGCUCGGAAAGGGUUCCUUCAAGUACGCUUGGGUUCUUGACAAGCUGAAGUCCGAGCGUGAGCGUGGUAUCACCAUUGACAUUGCCCUCUGGAAGUUCCAGACCGCCAAGUAUGAGGUCACUGUCAUCGAUGCCCCCGGUCACCGUGAUUUCAUCAAGAACAUGAUCACUGGUACCUCCCAGGCCGAUUGCGCUAUCCUCAUCAUUGCCUCCGGUACUGGUGAGUUCGAGGCUGGUAUCUCCAAGGAUGGCCAGACCCGUGAGCACGCUCUGCUUGCUUUCACCCUCGGUGUCAAGCAGCUCAUCGUUGCCCUCAACAAGAUGGACACCUGCAAGUGGGCUGAGGACCGUUACAACGAAAUCGUGAAGGAGACCUCCAGCUUCAUCAAGAAGGUCGGCUACAACCCCAAGGCCGUUCCCUUCGUCCCCAUCUCCGGUUUCAACGGUGACAACAUGCUCGAGCCCUCCCCCAACUGCCCCUGGUACAAGGGUUGGGAGAAGGAAGGCAAGUCCGGCAAGGUCGCCGGUAAGACCCUCCUUGAGGCUAUCGACGCCAUCGAGCCCCCCGUCCGUCCUUCCAACAAGCCCCUCCGUCUUCCCCUCCAGGAUGUCUACAAGAUCUCUGGUAUUGGAACUGUGCCCGUUGGCCGUGUCGAGACCGGUGUUAUCUCCCCCGGCAUGGUCGUCACCUUCGCUCCUGCCAACGUCACCACUGAAGUCAAGUCCGUUGAGAUGCACCACCAGCAGCUCAAGGAGGGUGUCCCCGGUGACAACGUUGGUUUCAACGUCAAGAACGUUUCCGUCAAGGAAGUCCGCCGUGGAAACGUCGCCUCCGACUCCAAGAACGACCCCGCCGCCGGCGCUGCCAACUUCACCGCCCAGGUCAUCGUCCUUAACCACCCCGGUCAGGUCGGCGCUGGAUACGCUCCCGUCCUUGAUUGCCACACUGCCCACAUUGCUUGCAAGUUCGCUGAGCUGCUUGAGAAGAUUGACCGCCGUACCGGAAAGUCCGUCGAGUCCUCUCCCAAGUUCAUCAAGUCUGGUGAUGCUGCCAUCGUCAAGAUGAUUCCCUCCAAGCCCAUGUGUGUUGAGGCUUUCACUGAGUACCCCCCUCUCGGUCGUUUCGCCGUCCGUGACAUGCGUCAGACCGUCGCUGUCGGUGUCAUCAAGGCUGUCGAGAAGGCCACCGCCUCUUCCGGCAAGGUCACCAAGGCCGCCCAGAAGGCCGGCAAGAAAUAA